UCGUCCUCGAUCGAUCUUCGAGACAUUGCGAUACGGCGCAUAUGGCGGCGCCCAGGAAGUAAAUAUGCGGUGUGCGUGUAAUCAGUGCGAGAAUGAUGCACGGUCUCAGUGUCGAUGUAAGAAAACGCGUUCAAGAUCAACACGAAGCAGGAGGAUCGGCCUCUCCGUUUAUCGCGGUUGCUUAUCGCCCUUGAGCGCGUCGCUGAUCCGUCGCAGGUGCGCGAGAAGUGAAAUCGGUAUUUAGCGCGCGGAACGCGGAAUACGCGCACCGCACGACGAUGAACGAGAACGAGACGUGGAAGUUGUUGCUGCCGAUAUGCGUCAACGCGGUGAUGUCUGUGUGCGCGUACGGCUUGACCGUUCGCCUGAUCCCGAGGAUAAAACCCAUGUUCGUCAAGGCUAACCUCUACGGCGUCGACAUGAGCAAGAGGAGCAGUGGGAAAGUACCAGAGGCGAUAGGCGUUGUCACCGGAUGCGUGUUUCUCGUAACAAUGUUCAUCUUCAUUCCCGUGCCGUUUACAGAUUGUAUAUUUAGCAACGUAAACUUCCCACAUGACAAGUUUGUUGAAUUUCUGGCUGCGUUACUGUCCAUAUGUUGCAUGCUACUCCUGGGAUUUGCCGACGACGUUUUGGAUCUUCGUUGGCGGCAUAAACUACUUCUGCCCACCGUAGCAUCUUUGCCAUUACUGAUGGUUUACUAUGUUAACUUUAACUCCACGAUAAUCAUCGUACCAAAACCGUUGAGAUCGUGGCUUGGUUUCUCGCUGGACUUGUGGAUUUUUUACUACGUAUAUAUGGGAAUGUUGGCGGUGUUUUGCACAAACGCUAUAAACAUAUUAGCCGGGAUAAACGGUUUGGAGGUCGGACAAAGUUUAGUCAUCGCCACAAGCAUUCUCGUCUUCAAUGUUGUCGAGCUAUUUGGCAGUCAAUGGAAGGCGCACCAGUUUUCAAUAUACUUUAUGCUGCCUUAUAUAACAACUUCCCUCGCAUUAUUCAAAUUUAAUUGGUAUCCAUCGCAGGUUUUCGUGGGUGACACGUUUUGCUAUCUAUCGGGAAUGACUUUCGCUGUCGUCGGUAUCAUAGGCCACUUCAGCAAGACGACCCUAUUGUUUUUCAUCCCGCAGAUAAUCAAUUUCCUGUAUAGCGUGCCACAGUUAUUUCAUCUUGUACCGUGUCCUAGACACAGAUUACCAAAGUAUAAUGAAAAGAUGGAUAAAUUGGAGCCUAGUGUAACUGUAUUUCACAAAUCGGAACUUAAUGUACUAGAAUUAUAUUUUACUUUACUAGGAAGGCUGUUAAUGUAUAUAUUUAAAACAUUUAAAUUGAUAAAAUGGCAAGAAGACAAGGGAGGUAUUGUGACCUGCAAUAAUUUAACUUUGAUUAAUUUUAUACUGAUCAAUGCUGGUCCAUUGAAAGAACCAACGCUAACUUCAAUUUUACUGAUAAUUCAGAUUGUCAGCAGCAUGAUGGCAUUUGUUAUCAGAUAUCCUUUGGCUUCCAUAUUUUACGAUGUUUAAAUAAAUAAAUUAAAAUAAUAUUUGAAUGCAAGAAUAAAAAUAUAUUAAAAUUGUAA